GGGUGUCGCCGGUUUGCGCACAUCUAGUCCCGAGUAUCAUCAAUAAAUAGCUGUGCGGCAGGUGUCAGACUGGGAUACCGGUAAAAUGAAACGGGGGAUAUUAGUCCUAACAUUCACAUGUGCGUUCCUACUGUUGUUAAUAUGUUUCUACGUCAAACAACUACCUGGAUAUACUGGGAGCCAAGUCGGAGAGAUAUUUGCAGGGACAGUGACUUCGAAUCCGACACUACAAUACAGUUCAUCGGGAAAUAAGCCAUCUCAAGAAGGGAAGGACUAUUUGAGGUUCACAAAAUGGUGGCAAGCAUCGGCUCUGUUUAAAUGGGAGUGGGAGAAGCCAAUGGAAUACAGCUGUAAGACAAUAGUGCCAAUGGGAAACUGGCAUGUGUGUAUGGACCAUCCGUAUACGAUCAAGCCACCUUGUAUUGUAUAUUCCUUUGGAAUUUCCAAUGACUGGACAUUUGACGACGCAAUGGGAAAGCAUGGUUGUGAGGUCCAUUGUUUUGAUCCAAGUAUAGGAAAACAGGACUUUAACAGAAGCCCGAACGUCCAUUUCCACAACCUCGGCAUCGCAGGGUAUGACAGUGACACAUUUGAGGCACGAAAGGAUGUCUACGUCCAUCACAAACAAAUAUGGAAAAUCAGACGCCUCAAGUCUGUCAUGGAAAUGCUUGGACAUGCAAAUAAAACCAUCGAUGUUCUCAAGAUUGACGUAGAAACAAGCGAGUGGCCAACGGCGAAGGAUCUAGUGGGGUCGGGUGUGCUCUCCAAGGUCAGACAAUUCCUGAUAGAAUGGCACCUGUUCUUUGACUAUCCCAGCACGGACAAAUAUCUUGAGUUGUACAAUACUUACAUGGCUGUGAAGGACCAAGGAUUCUCCACUUUCAAGGUAGAUUUUCAUCACAACACCAUAAAGAAAAAUAACCUGCUGUUUCAAGCUGACGUGGAUUACGUCAACACGGCGUAUAAAGGGAAGUAAUUCUUACCGGGCCAAGAAAUGGACAUCACUCUUUGCAGCUACCUACACUUUGGUAUGAAGUCGGGCAAUUGUGCCUACUCUGUAUCUUAAAGAAAAAAAAUUGUACUGUCGGAAACGCUCGGAAACUGCUUUUUGCCCAUUAAAACAAGAUAGAAUAUU